UGUUAUAUAUUUUUGUGGCCGUGAAUAGCUCGGUGUGGAAAACUGAAUAAGGGAAUUGAUGGUUGAAUUGUUUCCCUUUUGGGUUGCUUUCAAUUCGGUCUCUCCCUUGGUUAUCCCUCAUUCCAUGUCGACUGCUCCUUGUGUUUUCACUUAUUCACGUAUCUCAUGAACAUGCCUUCCCCCAUGGCGUCAAAUAGCACACGAUGGUUCUGGAAAACCUCGUCAAAAUCAAGAUCAUCAGGCCAGAAGGAGACCAACUCCACCUCCAGAAAGAAGCCAAGCGUUUUCAGGGCAUUCCGUUCAGGUUCCAGUGGCUCGAAACCAACUCGUUCUACUAUCGAGGCAACGUCCACUUCCUCAAGUUCAGAGCUUUCUGCCUCCUCAAGUUCAAGCUCAUAUGUCGCGCGACCUAAGCAACAAGCACGACCCUCUCCCACGAUCAAUAUUGCCGCAACCUCACAUUUAAGUCAAGCGGGGCGCUUGGUGCAAACACCGACAGCUUCGAAUGAUCCGUCUGCGCCCAUAGGACCUGCCGCGUUGUUCAAAGCUUUUAAGAUUAACGAUGAUACAUCUCCCAGUCGUACUUCAUCCGAACGUCGUUUGCGAAGUCAGACUGUGGGGGGUCAGACCCUGGAGUCUCGUGCUGCAGAUGCAAGAGCUCGCGACCUUGUUUCAAGGCCUUCGCAACUGAAGCCUUCUACGUUAUUACCUCAGCCCGUUGAUGGUGCACGCGCUCGGAUACUUAGUAUCUCCACCAAAGCUCCAACACCCACAAGCCUCUCGUUCACGACACCACCAAGCAUUGUUACUCCGCCACGGAGCUUGUCUACUAGACCUCUCCCUGCAUCUGCGGAGCCCCUUGUACAGGGUCCCCUCGUGAACUCCACUCACACGCGACAACUUUCAACUAUAUCUGCUGCUUCUUCUCUAGAUGAUAAUAUUGUACGCCGUUCACGGUUGGCACAGGGGGAAUCCCACGCAGGGCCAUUGAUGGAUGAGACCGUUCCAUUCAAGCCAAUGAGUCCUGAUGCACGAGCAUCGGCACUCUCAUUUGGUUCCGGAUUCUCCGCUGGUGAUGAAGAAUUGCGGCGAAAGCCCCAUGCCGGGAAUACAGCUCCUCUGACCAUGGACAUGGAAGAUACUAAGGCACUUCACGUGGAACACUCCAAUCCUCUCCCGAGGUCUUCGACUCCUUCAAUGUCUUUAUUGAGUAUAGAUUCACACAUAAUGACCAGUGAUUCUGCUGAACGUACACCCCCUCAACCAACUAUCCACCCGAUCAAACAUGCGUUGAAGCUAUCGCCGCUCUCCAUCUUAGUUCCGUCGCGGUCCAAGAGCAUCAAGAAAACGCCACCAUCGUCUUCCCCCUCCCCUUUACAUUCGAGUUCCAAUAAUCCUAUCAUAAAUGGCGCGUCCUUGAGACUCAAAAAACAGCGUUCGUUUGCUCCUUCAACACCCACCAAUUACAUACUCGAUGUGGAACGUCCGACGUUAAGACAUUAUUCCUCCGUGGAAGGGAGUCCCUCUUCUCGAGAGAAAAAAGCUGCUAGCAUCAAGCACCUUAGCUCUGACGUUACAACCAUCAAUUCUACCCAGCGUGAUCUUGUUAGUCUUGCCUCGCCCAGGGUAAGCGUCAAUGGGUUCCGAGAUGGACCUGCAUCUUCGCCGUCAAGCUCCAGACCGUUGUCGCCUUCUUCGGUAACCCCUAAUGAAGUUGACAGCCUACCGAUUAGUACAAUGGAUGCACCACUGGAUAACAAGCUUCGACGGAUGCCCUCGAUUGAUGCUGUCGCGGCCUCAGUGGUGGCAUCAUCGACAAAAAUGCCGACUGCAGAAUCGUCUUUAUCUCUUACGGCCGAGUUGAACGCCAUCAAAUCUAGGGGGAGGGAAGAGGACGAAGACCUAAGACAUGACAUGCAUAUUGUGUCCCCACGCGAGGUUGCUCUGCUACUGGAGCUAGAUCCAGAACCUAGACCUGAUCAGCUCAAGAAGGGGGGCAUGGAAAGAGGAGGCUCAGGAACGCAGGUGUUGGGAACUACACCAGUUUCGACGCGAACUCCUCUCGGGCACACAAACGAAGUAUGAUGGACGUGAAUUUGACGCCCCCGAGGAAGAGUGGCGCAAAUAACUCUUCGUUGCCUCGCAGCCCACUUGAAUCACCGGUUGGAUCACCAGUGCGGGCCUUUGGCCCCUCGUUUGUUCGAGCUUCAAUUUGUCUGACACCUAAUUCUCGGACUCCGCUCAGCCCAAGUUCGUCAAACUGCCCGUUCUUACUGCCUCGUCCCUCUACGGCUGGAACAGUUACGGGGCUGGCAUCAUUUGGAGGAGUCACGACGUUGAUUGAAAGCGGAGGCAGCGGAGGGACAUUGAACACUGUCACGAAGAGCUUACCACCUCCACCUCGAUCGAGGAUUCCCAGAGCGUCAACUUCUCAGGGACCGGUGUUAAGGUUUGGUGGAAUCGAAGUUAAUCCCAACGCGACCACCCAGAAAGACGCUCUGGUGAUCACGAGUAUGCCUGGUGCACUACCAGCGCCUACUGUCGUAGAGAUGAGUAUUCCCUCUAUGUCAUCGGCUCU